UCUGCCCGCGCGGGCCUCCGUAGAGUCGCUCGCUUCAAACAUGGCAGCUUCCAUGUGUUAACGUGAGAGCGAACCGCAAGCGGUGUGUAACAGAGAGUAAACAGCUAGCACAGGGGUGCCCGUUGCUUUGGAAACAAAAUAAUAAAACUUCUGAGAAAACAGGAGAGCCAGUGUCCACGCAGAGGAGGUGACACGGAGCAGAGAUUUACUCACUGUUAUUUUAUUGAACGACUGAACUGUAGAAGCUACAAAGCCAUUGUGGCUUUAUGCUGGUGCGGACAGCCCGGCUGUUCCCCUUCAUCAUCUCCCAUCACCUGCAUCCCUCUCGCACACAUUCAGCCGGACACGGAUUUCGGUGGAGUGCAGCUGCUGCUAGCAGGGGAGUGAGAUUCAUGGAAACUGAAGUUCCUGCCUCUAACCCUCCAGCUGCAUCUGCUGAAUCUUCAGCAGAUGGCACGGGCCAGUCCGCCACUAGCUCUACAGGUGACCAGGAGAAGAUGCCUUCUGUGGGACUGUUACCAGGAGAGACGGUGGUUAAAGAGGGAAAGGCAGCCAUCUUGUUCCCCAGUGCCAAUGAGGUGUUUUAUAACCCAGUGCAGGAGUUCAACAGAGAUUUAACAUGUGCUGUGAUCACAGAGUUUGCGAGAGAGCUGCUGGCUCAGCGAGGGGUGAAGGUGGUGGUGCCAGGCGAACAGGAGAGGGUGGUGGUCUCUCUGUCAGAGGAGACAAACGAGGCCGAGGCACAGACGGAGGAGAAAAACGGAUCAGAGGAGCCAGCUGUAACGGCAGCUGCGGGGGAGAGAUGUGAGCGUGGUCUGCGUGUCCUGGAGGGCCUAGCAGCAUCUGGUUUGCGCUCGGUGCGUUUUGCUUUGGAGGUCCCAGGCCUGCAGAGCGUCACUGCCAACGACUUCUCUGCUAAGGCGGCGGCUCUGAUCGCCAGGAAUGCCCAGUACAACGGAGUGAGCCACCUGCUCCAGGCCAGCUGCAGAGAUGCCAGCAUGCUGAUGUAUGACAUGCGAGCGAAGAAGGAUCGCUAUGACGUCAUUGAUCUGGAUCCCUACGGUAGCCCGGCCUCUUUCCUGGAUGCUGCCGUUCAGUCUGUCAGUGAAGGAGGUCUUUUAUGUAUAACCUGUACAGACAUGGCGGUGAUGGCAGGAAACAGUGGAGAGACUUGCUACAGCAAAUACGGUUCAGUCUCCAUCAAAGCCAAAUAUUGUCAUGAAAUGGCUCUGCGUAUCAUCCUGCACAGUUUGGACCAGAGGGCAGGAGUGUACCAGCGAUACAUCCAGCCCCUGCUGUCCGUCAGCGUCGACUUUUACAUUCGGGUCUUCGUCCGCGUCUUCACAGGACAGGCUACAGUCAAAAACUCAGCCAGUAAGCAGGCGCUGGUGUACAACUGUGUCGGCUGCGGGGCUUUCCACUUGCAGAGAAUGGGCAGGAGAACAAGCAACGGAAAACACAUGAAGUAUUCUGCUGCCACCGGGCCACCGGUUGGACCAGAGUGUGAGCACUGCGGACAGAGACAUCAGCUGGGCGGUCCGAUCUGGGCAGAGUCCAUCCACGACCUGGAGUUCGUCCAGAAGGUUUUGUCUGCCGUGUCGGGGAACCCUUGCAGGUUUGGGACAUCUAAACGCAUUGAGGGCGUGCUGAGCAUGGUGACUGAGGAGUUGGAGGAUGUGCCGCUUUAUUACACCGUGGACAAUCUGAGCAGCACGAUACACUGCAAUACUCCAUCCCUGCUCCAGUUUAGGUCUGCUCUCCUCCAUGCUGGCCACAGGGUCUCCCUCUCUCACGCCUGUAAAAACGCCAUCAAAACAGACGCCCCUCCUGCAGCCAUCUGGGACAUCAUGCGAUGCUGGGAGAAAAUCAACCCUGUAAAGAGGGAGAAAUUAUCUCCGACCAGCCCCGCAUUCAAGAUCCUCUCCACUGAGCCCAGCUUUGAGGCCUGUUUCACUGUAAGGGAGGACGCCAACCCUCAGUCCCGUAAGCGCCACCUGACCCGGUUCCAGGAGAAUCCUCAGGCCUUCUGGGGACCCAAAGCUCGCGCCAAAGCUGGUGGUGGAAUCUCUGCUGACCUGCAAGACAAGAGGAAAAAGUUCCAGAACAAGAGAAAGAACCAGAUCACAGACUCUUCUCAGCUCAAGACCUUCCCCUGCAAGAAGUUCAAACAG